GCGGUGAUCAACCAUUUUGAAAUAUUGCUAACUCAUCUAUUCUCAUUAAAUCAGAUGAAGCCUCGAACUAUGACAGUAUUUCUAUGGCUGAGAUGAAUACGACCUUGAUCGAAGCGGAAAGAGAUCAAGAAAGGACUUCAUCUCUUUCUCGUAACCCAACACUCGCCCAGAAUGCCUCAAUUGACAGCAUUAUUUCCGACUCCAGUGUCGAAGGAACUAAGAUUCGUGUUUCGUCCAAGCAUUUGACUCUUUCUUCCCGUUAUUUUGAGAAAAGGCUUAAGAGUUGCUGGCCAGAGGGGAGUGAACUGCAGUACAAAGGACAGGUUACAAUGACUAUAUUUGACUGGAACAAAGCUGCACUUUUGAUGGUAUUAAAAAUAAUGCAUUGCAAAACAAGAAAGGUCCUCAAGUUCAUAGAUCUCAACCUAUUGUGCGAGAUCGCUGUGCUGGUGGACUAUAUCGGAUGCCAUGAAGCAGUGGAAAUGUUUGCGGCCUCUUGAAUAUCUGAUCUUAAACUAGAGCUACCAACAAGCUAUACGGAUGAUUUGAUCAGGUGGAUCUGGAUAUCUUGGAACUUUCGUGACAAUGAUGUCUUUCGAAAAAUGACACACAUUCUCCAGCGUGAGGUCACUGGGCCAAUUAGACGCCUGGACCUUCCAAUCCCACAGGACCUAGCAGAGGGAAUCGAGAGAGAAAGACAAGACUACAUUGAUCAAAUUGUGAAGUCGCUAUAUGGACGUAUUUAUG